UCUGAAUUAUUGACCUUGCAGAUGUUCCAGGUGGUUCUUCCUGCGGAGGUGAAGCCCGACAGCUCGACGGCACGGCGCUCCCAGACCACCGGACACCUGGUUCUGACCAUGCCUCGGGCUGAAGGCGAACUCAGAGUGCAGAAGCCCGCUCCUCGCCGGCGCCGAGACGCUCCGAGCCGCAGCUCAGCAGAGGACCGGAACAGAAAGGAUCAAAUUCCUGAGAGGCUGGAAGUUGACCCCAGUAAACGUAAAUCCGUUGAUAUCGCCAACAUCGUGUCUGAGCGGAGCAGCGGGGAAGAUCAGGAGGAAGACCGGGAUUUGACAGCAGAACUCCCUGACGGGCUCCUGGACCACCCCGAGGUUCCUCCACUCAUUUAAAAACAACGUUUCACCGCAAGUCCUGCUUACGUGACUCUAACUGCAAAACUCACAUCAGUGACGGAAACAAGACCUCAGAAGAUUCUGACAGAAAAAUAAAAUAUUAUUAUUUUUUUUUUAAAUCCUUUUUCUGAAAGUACAGAAUCCAUCUGCAUGUUGUAAAUAUUAAGACCAAGCAGGAUUUAUCGCCUCGACAAGCAGAAACACAAAUGUAACGUAAAUCUGC